AUGGCACAAAACUCGUCAGGAAAUGCGUACGUGCUGGGUGUGGGGUUGACCCAGUUCCUCAAGCCACGUCGCACGCGUGAAUAUCCCGAGUUGGGUUAUGAAGCAGGAGUGAAGGCGAUGCUGGAUGCGAAGAUUGAUUAUGACUCUGUCGAAGCGGGAAUCGCGUGUUAUUGCUAUGGAGAUACCACCUCUGGACAAAGGAUCUUCUACCAAUUUGGCAUGACUGGAAUCGAGAUCUACAACGUGAACAAUGCCUGUGCGACCGGUUCAACAGGCUUGCACCUUGCGCGAAAAAUGGUCAAAGGUGGCCUCGCAGAUUGUGUUCUGGUGAUCGGCUUCGAGCAGAUGCGCCCAGGUUCCAUCAAGAGCGUAUGGGAUGAUCGUCCUAGUCCGCUUGGCCCUUCUACAAAGAUGAUGGAGGAUGAAUUCGGCAAACAUGACUCACCUCGAAAUGCGCAAUAUUUUGGAAAUGCCGGACAGGAAUACAUGUCAAGAUAUGGCGCUAAGGCCGAGGACUUUGCGGAAAUCGCCCGAAUCUCCCAUGAGCACUCACAGAAGAAUCCAUAUGCUCAGUUCCGGACUGCCUAUUCUCUUGACGAUAUCGUCAACUCCACACCGGUUGACGGCGCAGCUGCAGCUGUGAUAGUCUCCCAAAAGUUCCUCGACGCACGUCCACAUCUGCGCUCCCAAGCAAUCUUGAUGGCAGGCCAGAAGAUGCUUACUGAUGGGCCGGAGGUAUACUCUCGAAGCGCCAUUGAUCUUGUUGGGUUCAACAUGUCCCGCGAUGCUGCCAGAUUAGCCAUGCAGGAGGCUCAGGUUCAAACAAAAGAUAUUAAAGUCUGCGAGCUCCACGACUGCUUUUCUACGAAUGAAAUGCUAUUGCUUGAUGGGCUUGGCUUCUCGGAACCUGGAAAGGCACACGAGAUGGUCCGCCGUGGGGAUAUUACAUAUGGCGGCCGGGGUCCUGUCAUUAAUCCAUCCGGUGGGUUAAUAUCCAAGGGCCAUCCGCUUGGGGCUACAGGAUUGGCACAGUGUGCCGAGCUUACUUGGCAACUUCGGGGUUGGGCGAAUAACCGGUUCGUUGAAGGGGCGGAUGUCGCAUUGCAACAUAACCUAGGACUGGGCGGAGCAGUGGUUGUGACCGUUUACAAACGGGCAGAUGGCCAGAAAGGUCGAGCAGUUUCUGAUGUUGAAGUUGCAAAGGCGUCUGGUGUUGGCUAUAAUCCCGCUGUAGAGGCCCGAUAUGUGAGCCCGCAAGAUGGAGAGCGUGUACGAAGCAAGACCAAGCGCCACGACUAUGUCCUGCAUGAGACCGUAGGGAAGCUGUCGUCACGGAUCUGA